CAAGGAGGCCCUCCAGAAACCUACUGUCCUAGGUCGCAAGUCCUAGGAAUUGCUCUGAGUUUCUUCCUCUGCCACGCGGUGGACCCGGCGCCCUCACGGCGAAUCCAUCGAAUGCUAAGAACUAGAGUUUCUCGUAAGCCUCCGCGUGCCUUGCCUCCUGUUCGCAGAGCGCCGCCGAGAGCUUCGCGUCUCCGCUCAGCAUCAGCUGGCCGAGAUAAACGCUCCGAAUUAAGAGCUCGAUAUUGGGCUUUGCUUUUCGGAGACUUACAGAGGGCUAUCGGUGAAAUUUACAACACUGUUGAAGCUCACGAAAAUAUAAAUGAGUGCCAAGAAGUCAUAUUAGUGCUAGAGAAUUACAUGCGCGAUUUUAAAUCUUUAGGAGAGUGGUUUAGACUGAAAUGGGAAUACGAUAAUACACCUCCACCGCAAAGGCCACAGAGCUUAGCUUGGGAAAUUAGAAAGACUGACUUUGUGAGACCAGAGUCAAGACGAAAUCAUUCCGUCAGGAGUUCUCCAUCCGUAUCCGGAAAAAACAGCCCAUCUCUCUCAGGACAUAACACACCGAGUGGAAAACAUAGCCCCAAUCUAACUGGUAAGGCUAGCCCAGGAAGUGGUAAAAUAAGUCCUAGGAUAUCAGUAAUUCCUAGCUCCAGUCCUAAAGCUAGUAUUGAAUUCUUUAGCAAUAAAAUAUCUCCAUCAAAAAUAACAGCAAAACCGGAAGCUAAAAUUGCUAAAGAAUCUACUAGAUUGUCAGACAUUAAAGAAAAAGAUAUAAAAGAUACAUGUGAGGAGGUUGUGACUGAAGAAACCCCAUCUAGUAAUAAAGAUGUUACUCCUAAUAAACAAGAACCCAAGUCUAUUACUGUUGAAAUUGGGACAGUGAAAGAGUAUCAAAAUGUGUCUCCUAAACAAGUCAUAAUAAAAUCUCCCAAACAUUCUAAAUCAAAUACAGUAAAUACCAAACAAGAUUCUGAAGAAAUGUCUUGCCAAGCUAAAGCUACUAUUGCCCAGUUAAAUGACAUGGAAGGUAAAUUUUUACAAAAACAAAUUUCAGCUAAUCAGGCUAAAAAUGAAAAUAUGAUUAAUCAAGACGUCGAGAAAGAAAAGAACGGAACAGAAAACAUUCGAGAUAUACAAUCUGUAAAAGAGAAUGUCGAAGAAAAAGACGGGUUUUCCACUGCAUCUCCAACUAAGUCUGAAGAUAAUUUUGCUGAUGUAUCAAAUGAAAGUUCACCUAAGUUAGAAAUCGAUAAAAACCAUAUUGAAAACAAAGAGGUUAUUUCUGAAACAUCACCAGAUAAUAGUACAAAAAUAGACACUGCAAACAUUGGAAGUUUCAAAACAACUGAAAUGGAAGACAGCACAAAAGUCGAAAUUUUGGGUAAUAAGGAUUCUCCUACAAUUAAUCUAAACGAAGAAGAAAAUAUCUUAAUAAGUAUCAAAGAUAGUACAAUUAAUAGUGAACUUAAAGUUUUAAAUGAUGAAAUUUUGCAAGUUAUACAAAACACUGUAGAAAUUGAUAAAAAAGAAGACGAACAGGAGAAAAAAGUUGAAGUGCUAAUGAAAACGAUCGAUGACAUUGAAAAAGAAAUUUUUAAAGGUAUAGCUACAGAAAAAGGUGAAAAUAUUGAUCGGUUCAAAGGACUUCCAAAAGACACGUUAGCUAUUGAAAACGAUGUAAAUAAAAAAGAUGAUAAUUCAAAAAAAUGUGACGUAAAACCCCUUACAGAUAAUAAGCAAGUUGUAAAACCAGCAUACUCACAAGCAGCGGCUAAACCCAAGUCAUUAAACGCAACAAAAGUGGAAGUGAAGACACCAACAAGAUUAGCUCGAAGUUCUACUGUUGUAGAAAUGCGUCCCACCACUGUACCUAAGACUCAACGAUCAUUCCAAAAGAAACACCAAACAAAUAAAUGCAGCUAUCCGUUUAAUUUGACAACUGGUCGAACUAGUCUUUUUGACACAACGCCUGCUGGUUCUACUAAUAAAGGUACAUUAUAUAAAAGACCAAUGAGUAGAAACACUCAGUUAGGGUCUGGCGAUGCCAAACCAUUGUCUGGUAAAGAAGUUCUUAAAAAGCGUCCCCCGAGACCCACUUCUCUUAGGGUAACUGAAAAAAGCGAUAAAAAAGAAAAGACAAACGCUGCAUUAGAAAAAUAUAAAGAUUCAAAAGAUUACAGCAGCUCAGAUACGGUUGUCACCCAGAUAGAUAUGUCACGAAUAGAAUCGAGCGAAAGUUUGAAAACUCUUGUACCAGAAGACAAACAGGCGCUGCAAGAUGUGGCAAAUUCAAUUGAAGUACUUAACGUUGAUAAUAAUAAAAACGACAAUGAAGGUUGGCUUACUGUGAAAUCGAGGCGAUUAAGUCGCGAAUCAAAGAAGCACUCUAAGUCACACUGGGCAAAUAGAUUUCAUCAGCCAUCGGCUACGACGAGUUUGCCCACUCUGAAUAUGUUGGAAUCUCCUAAACAGGAAACUAAAGAAUUUGUUGAUUCUAAAGUGCCAAAUAUUGAUCGCGCAAAGUCGGAGCAGCCAAAAGAAACAGAGAAAUCCGACGAAAAAAUUGAAAAAGUUGUAAGACCUGAAAAGGUGGUUAAAGUUGCUGCUAAGCCGAAAUCUGAAAACAAACCAAAGGAUCCUUCGAUGAUCCGACAAAAAUCGGAUGUAACUGGUUUACGAACAAAAUCGUCGCGGAAUAAAGUACUUACAAAGAGAGCCGAAAAAAUUAAAGAUUCUCAAAAAGAUGAUGACGGCGAAUUGACUAAAAAUCGAUUACAUUCUUCAUUAGAAAGUCUAACUACCGCUUUAGCCAGAUCUCAGGAAAGCACCCAAGACGUAUUCGAUUUUGAUAAAUGGAAAGCGGAAUUCAAGACUACUUUUAAAUAUUUAGAUGAUGACGAUCAAAUGUCUGAUCAAAACGAAAUAUUAAAAGCGGCAGAUCCCUCUGAAAUGUCCGAAAUAGCCGAGAUGACUUCACAAAUAGAAGAAAACGAGAGAAAAAUUAGCUGGGCCUUAGAUUUUCAAUCGGAAGUUGACCAGAGGAAGCUUUGUGAAGAAGAAGAUCUAUUGAACAGACAGAUAUUGGAGCUGCAACAAGUUUCAGAUAUUGAUAUCGACACUGAAACAGAUGAUACUGAGACAGACGCAGAAAUCGUCUGCGAAGAUCCGGCUACCCAAGUCGUUCCAACAGAAACUUUGGGAUCGUUAGCUGCUAGUUUAGAAGAUCAGUAUGAAACCGCACUUGCUGGGAUGACAUGGGCCGAACGCGUUGACACAUUGGUUGUCUUAGAAGCUUUGGUUGCUAGGGAUCCAGGACGAGCACAACAAUUGCAUGCUAAAUUAUCUCAAGGUAUCAAACGUAGAGGCAGCCUGCAAGACGCUUUACGCAGACUCCAAGCGAAGCAAGCGAGGGCCGAGCGCCAAAGAUUGGAAUAUCAAACUGAACGUGCAAAGAAGAUACAUCAAUUACUGGCUCGCGUUGAGGAAGUCAAAGUCGCCAAAAAUCAAUUGAUAGAGGAAAAAAGAAUCAGGAUGGAGAGGAGACUCCAAAAGGCGACUGAAAAUCGUGACCAACACAUAAAGGAUAUAGUCCGCAAAGCUCAUGACGAAGAAGAAAAAUUACGUGAGAUAGCUUUUAUCAAGCAAUUGGAAGCUGAGAAUCGACGACAUGAGUUCUUAGAGCAGUGUCGCUCUCAUACGACUCGUUUAAGACAGAUGAGGCGAGAUAGACUCCAUAAAUUGGAGCAAAAAGCGGCCCGCGAGGCGGCGGUGGGAGCCCGAAGGCAGGCCUUAGAGGCGGCGCGCAGACUCCACGUAGAAAGCAUGCUGGAGCGGCGCAAGGAACGGGACGCCCGUGUGGAGGAAUUGCGCGAGCUGCGGCGCCAGGAGCGGGACGACGCGGCGCGGGAGAAGGCGGAAGGUGUAAAGUCCCGUCUAUCAGCGCUAGCAGCCGCUGCUGAGCUAGAAGCGGACGCCCUUCGCUCUAGAAUACGAGACAAGCAAGACGCAAGUCAACAAAGACUUGAAUCACACUUACAAGCCAUCAGAGAAAAAGCCACCGGUCCUCGACAAGCCACAUCGUCAGAAAGUCAAGAUCAAAUUCCAAAAGAAGUAGAGGAAGCUGCGAGGCUCGACCAAGAGAGAAAAGAGAGAGAGAAGCAGAAGGCGAUUAAGAAGAAAGCUAGGAAGCUGAAGCAGAAAUUACUAGCAUCUGGAAAUUCGAAUCCUAUAUUCGAUGACAACAUCACAACACUAGAUACGUACUUAAAUCCAGUGACGAGUAAAGUGUAUCGUGUAAUAAGUUCCAUACGGAACAUCAUAGUGCCACUACUACCGGAAACCAAUUUAAGCCAAGCGAAUGGGUUAGAAGCCGAAGAAGAGAAAUCGGGUAAGAAGAAAAAAGGGAAAGUAGCUAACGGUAAUUCCGAAUCAGAACAAAAAAAGGAUAAUGGUAAAAAGAAGAAAGAUGAUGUCAAUUCAAGUACUGAAUCAAAUGUUAAUAAAGAUGUUAAAGAUAGUAUUAAAGCUGAGAAACCACACACAAGUGCUCAAGCGAAUAAAGUACCAGAAGAAGUAGAGAAGGAACCGAAAAAGAAGAAUAAGAAAAAGAAGAAUGCUGAAGAGAGGGCGAAGUUGAGUACAGCUAGUUCUGUUUGUAGUUCCACGAGUGAUAUGAGUAGAGCCAGUGGUAGAAGUGAUAGAAAAGCUAAGGUAGAUCUAGACUUGCCAUUCUUGGAGAAGCAGAUGAACGAACUGUACAGGAUAAUGGAGAAAUUCGAGAAGCAAAAUAUAACAGAGAAAAUGGCAAUACAGCGGUUCCAAGCUGUAAAAGUGAUCGCACAAUUGCUAGCCGUCGCUGCUGAGAAGGAAGACCUAAAUCCACCGAUAUCUGCCAAGUGCGUGUGCGCGGGCGCGGCGCUGGUGGCGCGCUCCAUGGCGGCGUGCACGGCCAGCGAAAAAGAUCUACAAUCAGACCAAAAAGAGAUGGACCUAGCCAAGCAGCUAGCCGACUGCCUGUCGGUUGCCCUGGACUCGGUCUUGUGCGCCACCCGCAUACACGACGAGAAAGGGAACGAGCCGAGGGAUGAAGUCGAGGUCCUCGUGCUGCUGAGGAACAGGGCGCAUCAGAUCAUUAGCUACCUCUGCCUCAGCGGAUGCAUCACGCGCGCAGAGAAAGCCGGCGAAGUCCGCGAGAGCAUUCAGACUCUGUUGACGGUCAGCGCGGAUCUGUGCCAUCCCUACCUACCAGAUGUUGGCUCAGAACGCACAUAUGCAAAACAAGCCCUUCGCACGGCCCUCGGUAAAAGCGUAUGCGGUUCUCGGGCGGAAUUCUGCAUGCUUUUCGCUAAGGGGGCGUCGCUGGGGCAGUGUGGAGACUUCGUAAGGGCGGCGAGGACAGCCCACCUCCUCAGAGCUAUUGCUGAGAUGGACCACCAGAUUGUGCAAGAAGCGUUCGGAGAAGGCGGAUGGCCGCUAGAAUUUCGUGCAGCGGUCGCUAGGCUGCUAUCCCAACACGCUCCCAAUGAAAAAGAAGCGCCCAGGACAACAGCUUUACAUCUGAGCAACCAACGUCUCGAUCAGACACUCUCCGAGACCAUGGUUUUGGACCUCAUCGUCUUGGUCGGAUAUGUGGUUGUCAACAACCCUCAGUUGCAGGAAACAAUAUGCGACGGUUGGAGUGUGAUAAAAGCACUCUGCACGCUACCAGCUAACUGGCUGGUGUCAGAAUCUAGGAGCCACGCGCUGUUGCCAACAUUGAUUGCGUUGUCGGAGAGACCUGCGUCUGCCGCAGCGAUUGCGUCUGAACUUAGCAUGAAAAUGCUCGAAGAAUUCUACGAGAGUCCAGAAGCUCAGAAAAUAAAACUGAUUCAAGUCAUCAAACAGGGAAGAGCGAAGAAGGGACCGGGGAAGAAGUAAACACUACACGUAAAAAACCAAAAGAUUAUAAAGAAAAUGAAACUAAAACCGAAUUUACGACUAAUUCCAAUGACGAUGAAACACUUAACUCUAAUGAUUAAUAAUCUACUGAAACUAAAAAUUAUGAUUUUGGGCCUACGGUUAACAAUGAUGAUUGAAUUAAUGAUUCAAAUAUAAAAAAAUAUUUUUGACAUUUAAAUUAAUUAUGUAAUUAUGAUGUAACAAUCGGACAUGACAAAUGUAGCUGUGGAAUUAUAUUAAAAAAUUGCGUUUCUAAAGACCUCGACAAUGUAUGUUUAGUUAUUAAUAUUAUUGGCUAUGUGUUGGCAGUGGCGUGCACAAACUCGCCACAUUUACGCCACUGUUAUACAAUGUAGGGUACUUAUUUAUUAAAACGAACUAAUUUAUUGUUUUUAUUUUUAACAAAAUAUGUUUACGUUGUUUGGAACGAAGCAGCUUGGAAAAUUAAAGAGUUAAAAAAUGACUUGUGACUAAAGUAUCAAGUGAUACUGCGACCGGACUUUACGACAACUUCGGUAAAAUAAUAUAAUUAAAAUACUUGCUGUAUUUAUUUAUUCGUAAAUGUUUCAAGUUUUCUUCGUACAAAGUAUAAAUCAUUUGUUACUAGUCCCUUAUUUUGUCGUUGUGACUCUAAAUUGCUUUACUAUAAUUAUAUCAAAAAUUAUUUCGAUUUUAUUUUUCUUUUUUGUUUCUCUAUUUAAAAUUAUCAAUUUAGGUUUACCCUUGUAGUUGGUGUUUUAGGUUCGCAAUUUCUUGUAUGUGUAAUAAAUUGCGUACAGGCUUAAUCAUUUGUCGUAACUUGCAAAUAAAAUCGAAUUAAAAAAAAAAAACAAAAAAAGCAAAACUUAAGUGUCUAUUAUUAAAUGUGAAAUUUAGUAGCUCGCUUUCAAAAUAAAACAGCGCUUAGUUCAUAGUUGUUGUGAUAGAAUGAUCUUACUAUCGAUGUUACGUGUUGUAUCAAAAAAAAAAAAAAUAUAUCAAAUAUUUAUCAAAAAAAAAAAAAAAAAAAUCUUGGUGGAAAAAUAAAUUUAACCUAAAAAAAUAAUCUUUGAAACAUGUUGUAUAACGUUACUUUGUAAUGUAGUCGUGUUUUACGAUUUUUGAUGUCUCUAUACAUAUUUUUCUAUGGAUGUAAACGAAUUGCAGAAAAAAAUAAUACGGAACCACUAUAACCGGUUACGUGUUUAUUUACUUUCAAAGUAGACAUUCAGACUUUACUGACUUUUAUUGAUAUAUUCGCACAAUAUAUUUGUGAAACUAAAUGUGAAUACUAUUUUUUAUCCUGAAUUUAAAAUAUAAAAAUAGUUAAACAUCUUUAUUUUGUUUAAUAGUAUUAUAUAUAUUUAUUAUAUGCGAUUCAAUGUGUUCUUCGAUUAGUAUUUUGUUUUACGCAGAGCAGUCUGUUAAAUUAGUGUGUGUAAGGCGGGCGGGGAGUAAGGGGACGGAGCUACUUACUAGAGGUGUGUGGAUACAUCUUCUUCAAUGUGUAGGUGAAAAGAACUAUUGCUUUCAAUUUUCCUAUUUUUAUACCGUCUUUUUGUUAUUUUUGAAGAAAUUACACAUUGUUGUUAACUUAAUUGUACUUACUAAAAGUUCCAAAUUAUUAUAUAAAUAUCAAGUCGAUUGUUAGUUUCCAUUUGAUCCUUAUUUAUAUUAUUCUAUUCUUAAUUUACAAUCAGUAUUCUUAUACUAUUUAUAUUUGGUGCCAUUAUCGACAACCUACAGUAAGAAUGAGAAGAUAGAUGUAUCGAACAAAAGGUGUGCUAGAAGUGUGCCUUGCGGGACACCUAAGGUAUAAAGAUAGAUAAAAAAAGGGAACUGUUAGAUAGUAAAUUAUAGGAACGCUGUGAUAGAAGGGAGGGAGGGGCAUAGAUUGGAAUAGAUCUUUUUUGUAAAACGAACCAAUUUUUUUUUAAUAUAUACUGAUGAUGCACACGAUCAAAUGCCUCAGUAAGUGCCGAGAUGGUUUUUCGUUCGAUUUUCCGUAUAUCAGUUUGUGAUAAGCUUUUAAUUUAAACUGUGAUUUACAUUUAUUAGUUACGCUACGAUAUCGAUGUAUAGAUGUUUUUCGUUAGCUUUAGCAUGGUGUCGUAAUGAAUGUAUUGGAUCUGUGAUUUCUUUCCUUUAGCGUUUAAUAACUUUCGCGUGUAACAUUUCAUUGUCUAUUUUUGUGUAAGCGAUAAAUAAACAUUUGUGUAACAAUAAAA